UAGUGAACUAUCAAGCAAUAUGAAUUAUAUUAUCGUAGUAGUAGCCUUGUUGGCACCCCUGACCGCGGCAGCCAGUCUGGGUGAACAGAGGCCGGAGCCAAAUGCCUUCGUCAAAUCUCUGAGGGAUUUGCACAGAGGUCCUCCAGUUGAACCAUUGAAGACCAGGGCCACCAAGGUGGAGGAGCGCUGGUUCACCCAAAAGCUGGACAAUUUUGACGAUAGCAACAAUGCCACAUGGCAGGAUCGCGUCUAUAUCAACACUAAGUACUUUGUUGAUGGCAACCCCAUUUUCAUCUACCUCGGUGGAGAAUGGGCUAUCGAUCCAAGUGGCAUUACCUCUGGACUCUGGAAGGACAUUGCUAAAAGUCACAAAGGUGCCCUGGUCUACACCGAACAUCGUUUCUUUGGCGAGAGUUUCCCAAUAACUCCUCUGUCUACCGAGAACCUCGAGAAAUACCAGAAUGUCGAACAGGCUUUGGCCGAUGUGAUCAACGUAAUUAAAACCCUGAAGGAGGAGGACAAGUACAAGGAUUCCAAGGUAGUGGUGUCUGGCUGCUCCUACUCGGCCACCAUGGCCACCUGGAUCAGGAAGCUCUAUCCCGAUGUCAUCAGGGGAAGCUGGGCCUCCUCUGCUCCGAUCGUGGCCAAGGUGAACUUCAAGGACUACAUGAAAGUUGUUGGCGAGUCCUAUGCCACCCUUGGAGGACAAUAUUGCUACGAUCUGAUCGACAAUGCUACUGCCUACUACGAGAACCUUUUCGAUAUUGGAAAUGGCACUCAAGCCGCGAAGGAACUAAAUCUGUGCUCCAACUUUAACGCUACCAACGAAAAGGAUCGCUGGCAGAUAUUCAGCACUAUUGCCAAUAUUUUUGCCGGCAUUGCUCAAUACCAAAAGCCAGAAAACUACGACAUUCCCAAGUACUGUUCUAUUCUGCGAGAGUUUAGUGACGAUGAUUCUGUGGCUUUGUCGAAGUUCAUCAACUGGAAAAUCAACGAACAUUCUGGAGAAUGCCUGAGUACCACCUUCAACGGAGCGGUGGGAUACUACGAAUGGUCCAAGGAGAACUACGAAGACAGCGACUUGCCUUGGAUUUUCCAGACCUGCAACGAAUUCGGAUGGUUCCAAUCUUCGGGCAGCAGCAGCCAACCCUUUGGAUCUACCUUCCCGGCUACUCUGUACGAGGACACAUGCGAGGGAGUCUUUGGCUCGAAAUACGACUCUGCUGGCAUCCACUCCAAAAUCCGGGCAACGAACAAUAAGUUUGGAGGCCUAGACGUCAACGCCACCAACAUCUACUUUGUGCAAGGCGCUUUGGAUGGCUGGAGCAAGGUGGGUGCUGGAGUGGCCCAGGGAGCCACCAUUAUCCCCGACGCCUCCCAUUGUCCGGAUACCGGAUCGAUCAGUGCCACCGAUAGUGCCGCUCUGGUGGCCUCCAAGCAGAAGCUGAUCAAGCUCGUGGCCGAAUGGCUGGAGGACUGAGAUCUCAAUCAGUAGAAUUUUUUUUUUAGAUUUUAGAACUAAUUCUAUUUUUUGUUUUAAAAAUGUAUUAUUAUCAAUAACCACCAAUAAUUUGGCUUAAUAAAAUACUUUACAUCUUAA